GGAGUGGGGGCGCGUAUCGCGAGGCCAGCGCGCAGGCAGAAAAGGGGGCGCCGCGUCCCGAAGAGGCUCAGAGCGGACGCACCGGCUUGUGCGCCCCGGCUCCCCGCGCCCAACCCUGACCCCGGCCCGCUCCCCAAAUCCCAGGCGCCCCUCCCCGCCCUGGCUCCCCGCGUCCCCCCAACCCUGCCCCCCUACUCCCCGGCCCGGCUCACCAAAUGCCGGGCGCCCCCUGCCCGGCCGGGCUCCCCCACUCCCCGCUCCCCAUCGCCCCCCGCACUCUCCCACUCCCGCGGCCCUCCCCGCUCCCCGGGACCCUGCACCCCGAGCCCCGCAUGGCCCGGCUGGGCGCGCUGCUCAGCUUCGCGCUGCUGGCGGCCGCCGUGGCCAGCGACUACCGGUACGUCCUGGAGGUGGCGGACGCGGGCAACCGCACGGGGCGCGCCGCGCGGCGGUCCUAGCUCGGGCUCUGGCGCGUCUGCGAAGGGCAAAACAGCUUCGUCCCCCUGAGCGACCCCUUUGCCGGCGAGAGCCUGGAUGCCUCCACCUCGGUGCAGCGCCUCGUCUCCCUCCCCCGAGCUGUCAUGGUGGUCUUGCCCCUGAGCCUCGUCCUUGUCGUGUGCGGCUGGAUCUGCGGCCUCGUCGGUUCCCUGGCACAGAGCGUCCUUCUGCUGCUCUCUGCCGGCUGCUACUUCUUGCUGGGAGGUGCCCUGACCCUGGUGGGGGUCAGCAUCUACACCAGCUACUCGCACCUGGCCUUCCCUGAGACUGCCCACCAGUACGGCCCCCACGUCCGCAUCAGCUUCGGCUGGUCCGCAGCCCCGGCCUGGGGUUGUUACGCCUCGGAGGCACUCAGCGGCCUCCCCCUGCUCACAGCGGCCCGAGCCCUCAGCCUGAGCCGGCAGCCGGGUGUCCCCCGCCCCGUGGUCAUCUGAGUCUCAGAGGGGCGAGUGGCGGCGGGGAGAGGGACUCAGUUUCCCUUCGCACACCUAGGCCUGGCUGGAGCUCUGGCUGGGAGGGCACCCCUGGGGGUGGGGCAGGGGGCUGGGGACAGAGCCAAGGAUCCGGCCUCCUCUUGCUUGGCAAAGCCAGAUGUUUGGGGGCCUCCCGUGCCCGGUUUGUGCCCUUUAAGGACUAACUGGUUUGGCCUCCUCUCAGGCAUGAGUUGAAGGGCUCCCAGCAAGAGACAGCAAGUGGCCCGAGAUCGUCAGUGGGGCUGGGGCGGGGGUGCUCAGUGGGCCCCCUGGCGUCUUGCGGGCAGGGCCUGCGGUGGCCCUCCUCCGCCAGUCCUGGUGAGCCAUCUGUCCUCAUUCCCAGGGCCCUGGCUCAGGCGCAGAAGCUACCCUUUGACCUGGGGAGGGGUGAGUUUGAGAGAGAAGCAACUACCCCUUAAACACCCACUGAGUCAGGCUCCAUGUGGAGUGCCGCCUGCUCGUCUGCCUGUGAGGUUCUCGGGUACCCUUCACAUGAGUUGCCAUUCACCCAUUUUACAGAAGGGAAGUCUGAGGCCCCGACCAUCCCGGAGCAAAUGGCAGAGCCAGAUGCCCUUACAGGCAGGUGGACCCCUAGGCUAAGUUCUGUCCGCUGGUCUUCGAGGGCAGGCGUUGGUGGGGAGGAUGUUGAAGAGGGGUGCCUGGGAGCCCCCCGGGAUUUGCAGAGGGCUCUGAGUGGGCUGGAUGCACCUGUGCCCCCUUGUUCUCCGGCCUGGUGGGGCUGCCGCUUCCGACGGGCUGGUACUCCGGGACCCCACUCCUCCCAUCUGCAGCUCCCUGCGGGAUGUCUGGGGGUCCCAAACAAGCAGGUGCCGAAGUCCCGGUGGGGGUGGGGGAGCCAUGGCAGGUGGUGAGGUGACCCAGAGCGGCAGAAACCAGGGCCCAGAGCUUUCCGCGGCUCCGGCUUCCUGAACGGAGGUGGGUGGGGCUCAGCACGCAGACCCUGGGUCAUCGGGAGACACGAGACACGCUCACCCUCCUGUAGGUAGAGAAGGCAGGAGACCCCAAGGAGAAGGGUCCCUGAAGCCCCAGACAGCCCCAUUUGGGGUUCAGGACCUUCCAGAGUCUGGGAUGUGUGUGGGGGUGGGGGAGGGGGAUGGUGGCCUCUCUGGUCUCGGUCUUCCCCUCCCCCAGCCUCCCUUUAUCGCUCCAGAGGUUACAGGAAGUUCCUUGGGGCCUUCGGGGGCUGCACUGCUGGGGGCCCCCACUGAGGGCUUCCCUUCCUAUGUGUGCAUUAGCAUUUACCGUUCCAGGUAGCAACGGUGUGCCCACUUGUCCUUAAAUAAAUCAGUUCAUGCUACGUGCGGAUGAGCCUUGUUUUUCUCUCUGAAAAUGUUUUGCAGAAUAAAUAACACACGCGUGUGGCUUAUGAAGAGUGCGAGGGCAAUAACCUUGUUACCAGCUGUGUGUUUGUGUGUCUGUGUCUGUCCAUCCAGAGAUGCCUUCUGCAAACCCAGCAAAGCUCCUUCCCUUCAGGUCAGCACAGGCGGGAGAGGACCCCCGCCUCACGCCAGAUCCUGGAUGGGGGCGGGGCGGGGGGGGGCGGGGCUUUGCCGGCAGGUCUUCUCAGCUUGUGAGGCUCUAACUUGACCUCUGCUGCGGUUCCCUGGGGAGAGGGGGGUGCAAGGGUUCGCCUCC